AUGAGGUUCCCAUUGAAAGUCAAAGGACUAAUCAUCGUGAAGCUAUGUUGGAAAUUCAAAAUAGACUGGGAAGAUCAAGUACCAGACGUUAUUGGCAUCCGCUUCCAGGAAGAGUUUCGAAUAAUUCCUGAGAUUCCAAGAUUCUACGAUGUGGAUUUAAGUAAGGAAUUCCAACUUCACAUCUUUUGUAAUGCUAGCAAAGAAGCAUUUGCGGCAAUGGCUUACGUACGAGAUCAUACGAGAGGGAGCUUAAGUGUUUCAAUCAUCGCAGGAAAAGGAAAAGUAGCAAGAGCCAAAGGAAUGCCAAUACUAAGAUUGGAACUCGAUACUUCUGUUGAUGGAGCCAAGUUCAAGGAGUAUGCGGAACAAGCUUUUGGACAAGAUCUUAACUUUGCAAGCUCUUUUCUAUGGACUUAUUCAAAAAUUAUAAUGUACUGGUUGACUGCUUAUGACAGUCAACUUGAGAAACGGGCCAUGAUCAACUUCAUUCACGAGAGGGAGCCGUUAUGGAAAAUGCCUGUUCCGGAUGUCAAAAAAUAUUCAACAUGGACUAAACUGAUUAUGAAAAUAGCAAGCUUCAUCAGAUAUUUUCGAUUUAAGAUUCAAAAAGUUUAA